UUUAAGAUCUUCGAAUUUACAUUUUUGAUUCUCUGAAAUCUUGGGAUGGCUCAAGCUGUGGAGGAAUGGUAUGAGCACAUGCCCAUCAUAACUCGUUCGUAUCUCACAGCUGCUAUCGUCACAACCAUUGGAUGCUCACUAGAGAUAAUUUCCCCAUAUAAUUUGUAUUUGAACCCAAAAUUCGUCGUUAAGCAGUAUGAGUUCUGGCGCCUGAUUACGAAUUUCUUUUACUUCCGGAAAAUGGGUAUUCCUCUAUGUAAAGGCAUUCCUUAGCUGCUCAUCUUUGGGUUCCCCUAGAUACUGAUGGUGCUUAAGACUUCCAUUCCUCCAUCAAGUGGUCAAAAGGAGGACAUUCAGAGUGAAACUUCAACUUUUGCAACCUCAUCCUUUUUAGACAAUUCUGUUGAUCAUAAAGGAGACUUGGAUAUUGGAGGUUGAAAACAAACCCCUCAGUGAGAAUGCCCUUGCUUCGAAGAUCCUUGCUUUCUUGUUGGUUAUUAAUUGCUUGGGAUUCUGGUUAGACGAAUCUCUUGUGCUAUUCCACUAUAUUGAAUGUCUAAACCAUCUCAAAUGAUUCUCUCUUCUUUUCACCUAUUGUUACGCUUUUUAGUUUCCUCAACCAUACUUAAAAUCUUUUUAUCCCACCUAAUCUUGUCCUUCAUCCAGAUCAACAUCCUUAUUUCAAUUACAUUUAAUUUAUAGAUAUGGUGUUUCUUUAGUCUUCACCGUUUAGAUCCAUGUGGUAUUGUUGGUCUUAUGGCCGUGGUUUGAUUUUUCAUUUUGUUUUAACGGUCAUUCAUCAUUCAACAAUCUAGAAGGUCCUCUCCACUUCUCUUUCCGGAUAUGAUUUUGUGGACAAUGUCCUUUUGAGUUCCUUUAUCCUUAUGAUUGAACCAAGACACUGGAAAUGGUCACCUUGAGCUAUCACUUAGUGCUGCAGUGGCACUAUAGUGGUUAGACCAACAUGACCUGGUUUGGAAACCAGAGUUCUAACGGAAUUGGCCCAACCCGGGUUUUUGGUCUUAUAAGGGCCGGUAGUAGUUUAUUUAUGUACUUGGGUUUAUGUUUAUCAUUUCAUUUUUCUUUUACUUCGAAUAGAUUACGUAGGAAGUAGAUUUCCAUUUUGGUUUUAGAGUUUGUAUAGGAGUCUUUAUAUAUAUACCCAACGAUUGGAAAGACAGAUUUGAGAAUGGAAUGCAAGGUCUAUUUCUUACUUAGCUGUUGCUACUGGAUGAAGCUUUAGGCUACCCAACUGGUCAUCUCCCUCCCUC